AUGCAGCAGUUCCUCACACAAACCGGCAGCAACAGCAGCGCCGCGACGUCACCGCCGGCGUCGCCGCAGCCGCGUCUCAGGCAGCAGCAGGCGCCCAGGAAGGAAAGGGACCCGCAGAACAAGGAGAAGGAGGCGCCGCCUGCUGCCAUGGCCGACGAGCACCAAGACCUCACCAGGGCCUUCGCGGGUCUGGGCGGGCUGGGCGUGGACGAGACGGCGCUGGUGUCCGCGCUGGGGCGGUGGCGGCGGCAGCCGGAGAAGCGGGCGCAGUUCCGGCGCGGCUUCCUGGGCUUCUUCUCGGCGAGCGCCGGCGCGGUCGCCGGGAUCGAGCGGUGCGAGGACGAGUACCUGCUGCACCUCCAGGCGGAGUUCGCGCGGUUCAAGGACGCCGCGGUGCUGUGGGCGAUGCACCCGUGGGAGCGCGACGCGCGCUGGGCGCACCACGUCCUGCACAAGGCGCACCCGCCGCAGGUCCUCGUCGAGGUCGCCUGCACGCGCGCCGCCGACGACCUGCUCGGCGCGCGCCGCGCGUACCAGGCGCUCUACCACCGCUCGCUCGAGGAGGACGUCGCCUACCGCGUCAGGGACGCCAACGCCAGUCUGCUGGUGGGGCUGGUGAGCGCGUACCGGUACGAGGGCGCGUGCGUGAGCGAGGACCUCGCCACUGAGGAGGCCAAGGCGCUGGCCGCCGCCGUCAGGUCCGCGCCGGCGGCAGCGACCAAGCUAGUGCAGAACGAGCAGGUGGUGCGGGUGCUGGCUACCAGGAGCAAGCCCCAGCUCAGGGCCACCUUCAGGAUCUACAUGGAGCUGCACGGCAAGCCACUUGAAGAGGACCUGGCCGCCGAGCCGUGCCUGCGAGAGGCCGUCAAGUGCCUGGACUCGCCGCCCAAGUACUUCAGCGAGGUGAUCAGCAGGGCGUUCAGCGACGACGCGGACAGGCAGGCCAAGGCGGCGCUCACCCGCGUCCUGGUGUCCCGCGCUGACACGGACAUGGAGGAUAUCAAGGACGCCUACGCCAGGCAGUACGGGGCCAAGCUCGCCGACGCCGUGGCCAAGAACACCCAUGGCCACUAUAAGGACGCGCUGCUCGCCAUCAUCGGCAAGUGA